AAAGCGGAAAGUCAUAGCUGCGAUGGCUGCAAGGCAAACAACGAUGGCAGACGAAGGGACAGACGUUGGAGACGAGGAAUUUGAAGAUGCAGAGGAGACCUUGCCCAUGCCUGACGACUGGACCCUUUCCUCCAUGAUUGAUCAAACCAGGGUAGCUCUUCAUCUGUUUCUCAACAACAGGUUCUCAGAGGCUAAACACAGAAUGGAACCUUACGCUGACAGAAGCAUGUACCAUGCCUUGGGAUAUAGCACCAUUUUGUACAUACAAGCUGUCAUGACUUUUGACAUGCAAGACAUAGAGCAGGCUAUCCAAGCUCUGAAGAAAGCUAUCAGUGUUUGUGAUCGGUAUAGACACAAGUUCUCCAUGCUUGAAAGUUUCUCCAAGACCAGAUCCAGGGCCAUCUACAAUGAUCUCACCGAAGAGGAAAUCCAUGCAGAGCUGUGCUAUGCUGAAUGUCUUCUUCUGAGAGCAUUACUGUCUUUUGUUCAAGAUGAAAAUUUAUUGAGUUUUGUCAAGGGUGGACUAAAAAUCAGGGAAUGUUACAAAAUUUACAAAGAAUGCAAUAAAAUGAUGGAAAGAUCAAAGUUUUCAGAGGAAGAACAAAAAUCUCAUUUUGAAACUGGUGUAAAGAUGGGUGUUGGGACAUUCAACCUUAUGAUCUCAUUGUUACCAAGUAAAAUUCUAAAGCUCUUAGAAUUUGUAGGAUUUUCUGGAAACAAGAUGUAUGGAUUAAAGUGUCUAUCAGAAGGCAGCUAUGAUCUCAAUAGUCUACGAGGCCCUUUGUGUUCCAUAAUCAUGAUGGCAUAUCACACAGUUGUCUGCUAUAUUUUAGGACUAGCAGAUGGUGACAUUAAUUAUGCAUCAGAGCUGUUAAAACCAUGUCUGAAACAGUACCCAAAGGGUGCCCUGUUUCUGUUUUUUGCUGGGAGGAUUGAGGAGGUGCGAGGAAACAUUGAUGAGGCCAUUGUAAAAUUUGAUGAGUCCAUUGAAAGUCAACAAGAGUGGAGGCAGUUUCACCAUUUAGGAUAUUGGGAGCUUAUGUGGUGUCACUGUUUCAAAGGAGACUGGUUAAUGGCCAUGAAGUAUGCAGAAAAACUGUGUAAAGAGAGUCGCUGGAGUAAGGCCACCUAUACAUACCAGAAAGCAGCAUUCCUGAUGAUGUGUGAGGACCAGACGGAGGAGACCAGGGCUCACAUACAACUUCUUUUCAAAGAUGUGCCAAGAUUAAAACAAAGAAUUGCUGGUAAAUCAAUUCCUAUUGAAAAAUUUUCGGUCCACAAAGUCAAAAGAAUUCUGGAACACAACACACAUUUAGUGUUACCAGCACUGGAACUUGUGUAUGUGUGGAAUGGUUUUAGUAUAUUAGGAAAACGAGAAGAACUGGUAGACUCAGUACUAACCAUAGUAGAAAAUACAUUAAACAAAAUCUUGAAGGACUCAGAGGCAGAUCCAUUUUAUCAUGACAACUAUUCCUUGGUCAUUCUUCUAAAAGGAGCAUGUUUAAAGUGUAAGGGUAAAUUUCUACAGGCUGAGCAAUGCUUCAAGGAGGUGCUAGAGAGGGAGAAGCUAGUCAAGCAUGACACGUACCUGGCCCCCUACACUGCUGUGGAGCUAGCCCUGCUGAACCUGAAGCUCAAUGACAAAAAGCAGGCGCUGUUUUAUUUAGACAGGGCCAAGAAAAAUUACAAAGGAUAUUUAUUGGAGUCCAGAUUACACUUCAGAAUUCAUGCAGUGAGACUACAGUUGACAGGCUCUGAUAAUGAUAGCCUGGGGUCACUGGAUCAGGACCCAGAGUCGGACCCCCGACCUGAGGACGAGGAUUCUAACUCCUCCACGGCUGUCAAUGAUGACACCAGUCCAUCAAUGUCAACAAAACUGUAACCAGGAGAUGUAGCUUGUCAAGAGUGUGUUAGAUAAUGCCAGGAAUUAAUAAGUAGAUGAUAAAACCAUUUCCUAAAAAGUCUUUUGUUUUAGUGUUCAAUGAAUUUUGUCAUAAUAAGAGUUUACUGUUGCAUUUUUCAUUUGUUUUUUUUUUUUAAAUCAUUCUCAAAUUCCAGUUAUAUAAAAUUUGACUGUGAUACUGUUGUUCUGAGCUGUUGGUUUAGUUGUUACUUUUAAUUUGCAGGUCUUAUGAAGUUUCAUUUAUGAUAAAGGUGUAAAUGUCAAAACAAAACUCAUAAUGUGUCUUAGAAAACUUUUUGUGCCAGAAAAUAUAUUUUAUUUCUAUGUGAUGAUCUGUUUUAUUUUAGAAAGUAAAUCUUGAAAAUGUAAGGUUUAUUCUGGGACCAGAGUAAUGGUUGUGCAUGUUUUCAACAUGUUUGUAAUACAUGUAUGUACAUGUACUCUAAAAUGUGCUUCUUUACAAAGGAGAGAUGGUGUCAAAUACCCAAAUCAAAAAGUACAGAAAUAGAGGUGCUGGAAAUGUAACUUCAUGUAACAGCCUGUCAUUAAAUGUACAUGUAUUAAGUUGACUGCACUCUAAAAUUUCCAUUGAUGGUAUUCUGAUAUUUUCUUCAUUUUCCUGUUGACUGGCUGUGAUUAAUAUUGCGUUAUGUGUAGGACGUGGUGUCUCAUCUACAAGAUAUAUUUGAUUUUAAUAUUUCAAUUUUACCUGCGGUAGUUUAUUAUUUUUUAUUUGUUAAGGCUAUUUAAUUGAAGAUACCGUUUUUGAUUACAGCUAAAUUUAAAACAACACCCCACCUCCCCAACCCAAAGAUAAUAAAAAACCAUAUAAUGAUAUUUUUAACAUACAAUGCACGUGUAGAUAUAUUUUGCAAGCAGAAAACUUUGAGGUACAAAUCAUAUUAAACCAGUUUUUUAUUGAAAAAAGAAAAGAAAAAGGAUAAACCAGUUAUGAAAUUAAAAAGAACUUUUAAAUGUCAACUCAUGUUUUUAAAACAAUCUGUAAAAUUGACACAAGACAAUUGUGCUGCUUGCUUUUACUACCUCCUCUGUCAUUUAUUGUUUUUAAUUGCUAAUAUUGUAGGUAUAAGAGUUUACUCCAUUCUGUGAAUAUUCUGAACAUGUGUUUCUCUUCAAGUGUUCUUAAUAGUGGUCAGUUUAACUUUUAUGUGUUGCAGAUACUGUCAUCCUUUUGAUAUUUGCUCUUUGUUUAAGUUUACAAAAUAUUUUUGCUCAUGAGAACUUUCUUCUGUAAAUGUGAUUUUUCUCCUGAUUUUUCUCCUGCAGAUUUUUAUUUCAGUAUUUCUUGUUAAUUAUGAAUGAUUCUUUUAGUGUGAAUGAUUAAUAAGUAUAUUUGUAACUUAAGUUUUUAUUGUGAGACAAUAUAGGGUUUUUUUAAUAUGAUGGAGAAGAAAUCAGGUUUAAAGCUUUAUUUUACCAUUCCUGUUUAAAUUGAUACAAGUAAAAUUGUUACCAAUACAGUAUAUAUGAUAUGUUAAGUUUUCUAAAUAGUUUCUUCAAAAUAGCUUGUUGUUUUACUUCUUUUUUAAAUUUUGUUGAAUAAUACUAAUGCUUGUUUAUUAACUUCAGAUCCAUUUGACAUUUUUCUAAUUUUCUGAAAAACAUGUACAUUCAGAUUAUAUGAUUUUUAAAGCCAUUUUAAGAAGACCAGGCCUCAGGAUCUGGAAGAAGUCUUGGACUUAAGUCACAAUCUAUACACUGUCUUAAUGGCUUGUGAUUGAAAACAUUUGAAAAAUGACAGGCUAUUAAAAUGUCUUUACAGAACAUUGAUAGUUACAAAUUUUAAGUGUAAUUUAUGUUUACAUCUCAUAAUUUUAUGAAUGAUUGCAAUUUGGACUUGUCUAAAAAUGCUUCAUGAUACUGAGGCCAGUACAUUGAAUAGUUUAUGUCGACAUAAAUUUUUAACAUCUUUCAGUCUUUGGCUUAAAGUGAAUAGUAACAUCUGUUUGACUCCAUGCUGCACCUUCUUGGUGUAUGCUUCUCCAUGCUGCACCUGCAUAGUGUUUGUUUCUCCAUGUUGCACAGUCGAACCUUCCUGAUGUAUGUUUCUCCAUGAUGCACCUUCAUGACUUAUGUUUCUCCAUGCUGCACCUUCAUAGUGUAUGCUUCUCCAUGCUGCACCUUCACGCUGUAUGUUUAUUCAUGCUCUACAUUCAUUGUGUAUUCUUCUCCAUGCUAUUCUUUCUUGAUCUUUGAUUCUCUAUGUUGCACCUUCAUGAUGUAGGUUUUGUAACUUCAGCUGUUUCUGAUGCAUGAACUAUAGAGUUACAUCACCAAAAGUCAGCAGUCUUGUAGCUCUAUCUAUUAGUGAGAGUGGAAUUAUUAGUGAUGUAAUUAUGUUUGUUUCCAUUUUUUGUUGUUUAUUUAUUGACAAUCCUAUAACCUCAAGGAGAUAAUCAGAACUGCUGAUUGCUAUUUUUGUUUUAUUGUAAGAACAUGUAAUUUACCUUGAAGCCGGUUUUCAGUUUUUUACUCAAAUUACUCAAUAGAAUUAUUGCAUUAAAACAGAAAUUUCGUUUA